GGGUGGAGGCAGUCUAGGCCCUGUUUGGGCUUCGGAGGAUUCCUGGGAGACACGCUGACUGGUGCACAUGCCCAUCUCGCGAUGGCCUGCCUUGUCGCAGGCUCGGGUGGGGGUGCCAUGCCCACAUUGGUCCGCACAACGAGGAUGGCCGUUGCAAGUCUGGGACGUGACAUGGUCCAACCUGCUCGCUUGCAGCCUGUCUGAGAUUGUUAUUACUGAGCCGUGGCCUGUCUUUGUUUACUCAAUCGCCUACUCCCACUGUAGCAUGCCUCUUGACGGGCGCUGAAGACACGAUGCUCUACUCCUACCCCGAGGCUGCCCGCGAGCGUGACCUCCAUCGGUGGGUGAAAUGGUGGUGACGCCAUC